AUGGAUUUGCCAAAGGGACUCGUCAAAGACGACAGGCGGAUAUAUGAAGAUGUUGCAGCGCUCACGCAGCCUCUCCCGCCGGAUUUCAUCAUAAGAAUGUGGCGUCUCUACACCACAACAAAUCUCAAGCUUGUUGAUCCAACCGCACGCCGCUUGGAAAAUCUAUGGUGGCAUGUCAUGGGCAGCGAUAGAAGUAAAUUGAAAGCUGCGACCGUGGCCAAGAUAUGGGAACACAUCUCCUAUGGCCCAACCUUUGUGCCUCUCAAAGGCUCACCGAAUCGCUGGGAGGGGCCUUCGACGCCUCGUUUUAACAGCCAGCAUGAGUCUGAUCCGGUCCUCAGCGCUCAGCAAAUGAAUCAAGAUAUUAAGAUGAUCUCUGAACAGUCGGCACUGAAGGAGUUGUCUGCCUCAUCAUCUCGACCCCCGCCGCCACACCCGAUUCUCAAGAAACAUAGGGGUGACUCGAAAUCUGGCCCUCGGCCGACAGCCCGAUUUGUGUCGCCUCACGAGUCUGCUGAUGAAGACUACCAAACUAGUGAUGAGACGUCGUCGGGAAGCACAGGCGCCAGUGGCCUGGAGAUGCGCACUUCAUCGGCAGUCUCCCCGGCGAAAUCGAGCAAGAAGAAGCCCUCAACACCGACGAAACGAUUUGUUGCAUCCGCGGCGGGUAAGAGAAGACCAGUUCUGCCAAGGAGAAUGAGCUCGCAGUCGUCAACGAACUCCGACGUUGGGAUCAAGGAAGCCGGUUCUGCCAACGGGGGCAAACAUGUGGGAACAUACAACGUGAUGCAUCCUCAUGCUGAAGAAAGUGCUAUUCUGAGCGUAUCCGGAUCAGAAGGAUUCGAAAUGCCGCCUCCUAGUGCCAAAGCCCUGGGGAAACGACCAGUCGAAAGGCCUAUUUCAGAAUCUCCGAGGUCGGACGCCUACGUAUAUACCAGCUGCAUCACCCGCGCUCUCAUCACCAAGAGUUGGGUCAUUUUCUUCGGCACGUUCCGGCUUUUCGGCGCCGCGUAUGGAGCGCGCACCCUCGAAUUCCGAGUCCUAUCGACCGAGGGAGGCUAG